AUGUUACAUAUAAACAAUUACAAGCAUCAACAAAACUCAACGACUGAAACACCGACGGCAAACAAUAAAACUGCGGAAGAAACGGCCGUAUCAAACACAGUGACCGUUCACGCAUUUGCAUUGGGUGAACAAGUAUUGUUAGCUAUAGUAGUAGCUCUAGCUGUGAGUCCCUAUACAAAAACAACGAUUCGAGCUUUAUUAGACUCCGAGUCACAGAAAAACUUAAUUACAGAAGAGAUGGUGCAGGCGUUACGAUUAAAGAAAGAUAAAGUAAAGCACGUAAUUAGCGGUAUCGGAGAAAUAGUACAACAUGCGUCGUCGUCAGUAUGGCUAAAAAUAAAAUCCCGCGUAAGUAAUUAUUCAGUGUAUUUGCCAUUGAUAGUGGUACCAAAGAUUACAGGUCAAUUACCUCCACAAAAUAUAAAAACAUGUAAUGUUCCCGAUAAUAUUGAAUUGGCCGAUCCACAUUUUAAUACGCCACAAAAAAUUGACAUAUUAUUAGCUGUUGGACCAAUAUCGGAAAAUAGUUUAUCAAAAAUAUCUACAUCGAACGCAUUUUUUAGCACAACCGAUAUUGAACCCACACUAGAGAACGUAUUACAACAAUUUUGGUUAAUAGAGAACAUAAGCGACACACCACCUUAUACGAUCGAGGAACGUACUUGUCAAGAAUAUUUUAAAAAUACCGUUAUCAGAAAUAACGAAGGACGCUUUGUCGUACACUUACCGUUUAGGGACGACGUAACGAAAUUGGGAAAAUCGUACGAAAUUGCUAAACGUCGUCUCUUAGCAAUAGAACGUAAAUUUCAGAAAGACAAGAAAUUAAAGGAAGAAUAUUUCUCUUUUAUGAAAGAGUAUGAGUUAUUAAACCAUAUGGAAAGGGUAGAUAAUAAUGAAUCCGAAAAAGCGGAUCAAACGUGCUAUUUGCCGCACCACGCCGUAAGGAAGGACAGUAGCAUUUCGACAAAAUUUCAAGUGGUGUUCGACGCGUCUUGUAAAACAAAGGUAUUAGUCUUAAUGAUGUUUUAUUAA